AUGUAUUGGAACGCUGACUGCGAGCCAAAGAAUGAUGGGGAUCUAUUCCAUCGGUUGUGGCACGUGAUGAAUGAGAUCCUGGACCUGAGGAGACAGGUUCUGGUUGGUCACCUCACCAACGACCGCAUGAAAGACGUCAAACAGCACAUCACUGCCAGGUUGGACUGGGGAAACGAACAGCUGAGUUUGGACCUGGUACCCCGCAGGGAGUUCAGCAUGGUGGACCCAGACGAGAUCAGCGUCACAGAACUCUUCAAACUGAUGGAGCACCGUCACCGUAAGAAGGAGACUCCGGUGCCGGCCAGCACGCACCACCUCUUCGUCCACAUGAAGAGUCUGAUGAGCUCCAACCUGGGAGAGGAGCUGGAGGUGUUCUUCCACAUCUAUGACGGCAGGGAGAACAGGCCACUCAGUGGAGGUUUCUUUGUCAGACUGAAUAAGAACGGAGUGCCCAAAGUCGCCAGAAAGACAGAGAGACAAUGCACCCUCUUUUGGAUUUGGGGGAGCAGCGAUCUCAGAAAAGACGUCUACAUUGUUGUUCACAUUAUGAGAAUUGGUAGGGCGGAUAUGGGCGCCGGGGAGAAGAGAAGAACCUGUUUGUAGUGUCCAGUACAGAACGGCCCUUCGGCUUGUGGCCGUGGUCAGCUAUCGCAGACCUCCUCACGGCCAGACUCUAAAGACGAUCACCUGCUGAAGGUUUACGCAUGUACCACGGAAAGCGAGUGGUAUCAAAUCCACGAGAACAUCAUCAGAAAGGUCAACUCCAGAUACAACCUAUCGGGCUCCAACACGGGCCUGGCUGUAUCUCUCCAGUUGCUGCAUGGGGACAUUGAACAGCUGAGGAGAGAGUACAUGGUGUUGUUCACCAGAGGAGUGUCCAUCACCAAGAAACUGGGCUUCUCUGACAUCAUCAUGCCAGGAGAGAUGAGGAAUGACCUUUACGUGACGCUGGAGAAAGGAGAGUUUGAGAAAGGAGGGAAGAGCGUUGCCAGGAACGUGGAGAUCACGGUCUAUGUGCUGGACAUCGAAGGCCAGGUCAUGAAGAGUUAUGUAGCGGCUGGUUCAGGGGAGCCAGGUGGGGAUGUGUACCACUCCUUUGUGCUCUACCACAACAACAGUCCCCGCUGGGCUGAGCAGAUCAAACUACCCAUCCCUGUGGACAUGUUCAGGGGCGCGCACGUCCGCUUUGAGUUCAGACACUGCUCCACCAAAGACAAAGGGGAGAAGAAGCUGUUUGGCUACUCCUUCGUUCAUCUGAUGCAGGAGGACGGACGGACACUGCCGGACGGCACCCACGAGCUCAUCAUUCAUAAGGUACUGGAAAACUAAAACAGGAAAGGCCCGUGCUCAGCCUUACUCAAGCUGCCUUCUCUCAAAGCCAAUCUGCCCGGCAACAACCAGGCUGUGAAAGGCACCAGAUCCUUUUGGAUCACCUCCUUCCUCUGCUCCACUAAACUCACACAGGAAGGUGACAUGUUAGACCUGCUGAAGUGGCGAGCCCAUCCAGAGAGGAUCAAUGACAGCCUGUCAAAGCUGAAAGAGAUCGAUGGCUCUGAGAUAGUCAAGUUUUUACAGGACACACUAGAUACGCUCUUUGGGAUCUUGGAUGAGAGUUCCCAGAGGUAUGGGCUGAAGGUGUUUGAUUGCCUGGUCCACAUUAUUAACCUGCUACAGGACAGCAAGUUCCAGCAUUUCAAACCCGUCAUGGAUACCUACAUCGAGAGUCAUUUCGCUGGAGCCUUGUCUUACAGGGACCUGAUCAAAGUACUGAAGUGGUACGUGGAUCGCAUCGUGGACGCUGAGCACCAAGACCACAUUCAGCAGGUGCUCAAGGCCACUGAGUACAUCUUUAAGUACAUCAUCCAGUCCCGGCGUCUCUUCGCCCUCGCCACGGGGGGUCAGAGCGAGGAGGAGUUCCGCUGCUGUGUCCACGAGCUCUUCAUGUCCAUCCGCUUCUUCCUGUCCCAGGAGAACAAGAUCACCAGCCCCGUCACGCAGACACAGGCGGUGUUCCUGCGGACGUUCCCUGAAGUGUACGGGGAGCUGCUGAAGAUCUUCACGGUGAGGGAGGUGGCAGGCUUUGUCAGGGAGACGCUGGGCAGCCUGCCCGCCACCGCUCACGCUGAGUGCCCUCUGGAAGCCGUCAAGCUGCAUUGUAUCGCCAAGACCGUGGAGAGCCAGCUGUACACCAACCCAGAGUCGAGGUGUAUCCUGCUCCCGGUGGUGUUGCGUCUGUUGCAGGCCCACAUGCAGGAGCAGAGAGACCUGGUGAUGUGUGCCCGUAUCCUCACCAGCAUGCUCUCUCUCAUCAGGAAGGAUGACUCUGUCACCACCGAGCCGGUGGUUUCUGAGGAGGUGGAUCUGAUAGUGGACAGUCUGCUGGUUGUACUGAUGAGGACUAUCCUUGAGAUCACUAACAGGCCACAACCAGCCGGGACCAAUAUGAGACUGCAGUUCCAGGACAUCACGGGGGAGUUUGUGGCAUGCCUGCUGGCUCUCCUCAGACAGAUGAGUGAUAACAUUACCAGCAGCUUCCUGCAGACCUUCACAGCAAAGGAUGACCUGAGGGACUUCCUCUUGCAGAUUUUCACCGUUUUCCGCAUUCUGAUUCGGCCAGAGAUGUUCCCGAAAGAUUGGACUGUCAUGCGGUUGGUCACCAACAAUGUCAUCAUAACAACAGUCUUGUACCUCUCUGAUGCUCUGAGGAAGAACUUCCUCAAUGAGAAGUUUGACUACAAGGUGUGGGACUCGUACUUCUAUCUGUCCGUCAUCUUCAUCAACCAGCCCUGUCUUCAACUGGAGUCCUUCUCUCCGUCCAAGAGGAAGAGGGUACUGGAGAAGUACGGGGACAUGAGGGUGAUGACGGGUUGUGAGCUCUUCAGCAUGUGGCAGAACUUGGGUGAGCACAAGUUGAACUUCAUCCCGGCGAUGAUAGGUCCGUUCCUGGAGGUGACCCUGGUUCCCCAGCCUGACCUGAGGAACGUCAUGAUCCCCAUCUUCCAUGACAUGAUGGACUGGGAGCAGAGGAGGAGCGGAAACUUCAAACAGGUGGAGGCCAAGCUGAUCGACAAACUGGACAGUCUGAUGUCAGAAGGCAAAGGAGACGAGACGUACAGAGAGCUCUUCAACAGCAUUCUGUUGAAGAAGAUUGAGAGGGAGACGUGGAGGGAGAGUGGCAUCUCUCUCAUCGCCACCGUCACGCGUCUGAUGGAGAGACUGCUGGACUACAGGGACUGCAUGAAGCUGGGGGAGGUGGAUGGGAAGAAGAUUGGCUGCACCGUCAGUCUGCUGAAUUUCUACAAAACUGAGUUGAACAAGGAGGAGAUGUACAUCCGCUACAUACACAAGCUGUACGAACUGCACCUGAAAGCACAGAAUUACACAGAGGCCUCCUACACUCUUCUGUUGUAUGACGAGCUGUUGGAGUGGUCCGAUAGGCCCCUCAGAGAGUUCCUCAACUACCCCAUGCAGAGCGAGUGGCAGAGGAAGGAGUACCUCCAUCUUACCAUCGUACAGAACUUUGACAGGGGGAAGUGUUGGGAAAACGGGAUCAUUCUGUGCAGAGAGCUGCCAGACCUACAAAUCUACGCGGUGAGCCCCAUCCCAGAGAACCAGGACGUGCUGCAGAGAGACGGCGUGCCUGACAACAUCAAGAGCAUCUAUAAGGUCAACCACAUCUGGAGGUUCAGAUACGACAGGCCGUUUCACAAGGGCACCAAGGACAAGGAGAACGAGUUCAAGAGCUUGUGGGUGGAGAGGACUACACUAACCCUGGUCCAGAGCCUGCCAGGAAUCUCCAGAUGGUUCGAGGUGGAGAAGAGAGAACUGGUGGAAGUGAGCCCAUUGGAGAAUGCCAUCGAGGUGAUUGAGAACAAGAACCUGCAGUUGCGGACGCUGAUCGCCCAGUGCCAGAGCAGGCAGAUGCAGAACAUCAACCCCCUCACCAUGUGCCUCAACGGGGUCAUCGACGCCGCCGUCAACGGGGGGCUCGCACGCUACCAAGAGGCGUUCUUUGUGAAGGACUACAUCGUGAAUCACCCGGAGGACGGGGAGAAGAUCGGACGACUAAGGGAACUCAUGUUCGAACAGGCUCACAUCCUGGAGUUUGGCCUGGCCGUCCACGAGAAGUUUGUUCCUCAGGACAUGAGACCUCUACACAAGAAGCUGGUGGACCAGUUUCAUGUGAUGAAGUCUAGUCUGGGGAUCCAGGAGUUUCCAGCGUAUGUGCGCGCUAGCCCCGUGCACUUUACCAACGGCAGCCCGCGUAGUUCAUGCAGGAACUCAGUCCCCAACAUCAUCAGCCCAGAUGGCGCUCGCGUGGUGGCCAGACGCAGUCCCCUCACUUACCCGGCUGUCAACCGAUACUCGUCGUCAUCGCUGUCAUCUCAGGCCUCCAACGAAGUGAGCAACAUCACAGGGCAGUCGGAGAGCUCUGAUGAAGUCUUCAACAUGCAGCCCAGUCCAUCUACCUCAAGCCUCAGCUCCAAUCAUUCUGCCUCUCCCAACGUGACCAGUUCUGCUCCGUCCAGCGCCAGAGGUUCUCCCCAGCUCCAGGACAAACACAAGCAUUCCAGAGAGAACUCCUGCCUCUCUUCCAGGGAGAGACCCGUCAGUGCCAUCUACCCCAAUCCCCUAGACCCUGCACAGAGGGCGACCCCUCAUCAAAUAGGUGACACCACACUACCCCGAAGUGAUCCUAACCUUUCUGCACCAGACAAAGUGAGAACCACCUUCAGUAGCCGGAGUCUAGACAGUGUAAAAGAAGUCAACAACACACAGUUCUCUGACACUGUGGGAAAGUUGCUCUGUCCCCCUGUACCUCCUAGGCCACCAUACUCAGGCUCUUCAGCCAAGACUAUGAGGUCGCAGUCCCCUCUCCCAACGUCCAGAUCUCCACAAAAGAGUUCAUUGCCGCCCUUCACGCCCUCACCCACUGAGUCCCAGUCGGCUGGACUGGUGUCCAACUCGCCCGUCCUCUCCGGUAGCUACAGCAGCGGCAUCUCCUCCAUGAGUCGCUGCAGUGUGUCCGAGGCGUCGGGCACCGAGGCAACCACUGGAGACCACCCCGCCCACCAGGGGCCCACCAUGCCCAACUCGGUCUCRUCGGGCUCGGACGAGCUCAUCCGCCGCGAGAACAAGACGCCGCCGCCCUACAGCGUGUACGAGCGCUCCAACCCRCGUCGGCCGGUUCCCCUGCCCCACAGUCUCUCCAUCCCUCCCAGUGUGGACCCCCCGGCCCUGCCCCCCAAGCCCCACCAGCUACGCACUAGCAGCAUGAAGCUGGUCCCAACAUCGGACCCUCGCAGGGCCGACGGGGUGCCCCAUGUCCCCAGACCCAGACCUCUCCCCAGGAAGGUCUCCCAGCUAUAGGCUGGGUGAGGACCGACAACCCUAGUGGGUUGGUGGGUGACACCACUGGCGAGUUUUGCACUUUUUACACUGUCUUCUCUUCAGUUUGGUAAUCCCAGGCUCUGCCCAAGACAGACUCAKGAGUCUGUCUCGUUGUGAAGAUCUUUUUUCGAAAGGGCUUUGCAUUGACUGACUUUGUCAUWCCGCACUUUUAGCUCCAGUACAGUAGGUUCCACACGGUAAAUUGCUGCGUUUAUCAGAAGAAAAAUGAAGACAACGAACGUAGGUGUCGAUCUUUUGAUAGAUGUAAUAGUCCCAAUAUAUGUAUAUAUUGGUUAUAUAUAAGAAGUGUUUUGCCUUAAGUAUUGGAAACAGAGUCUUUUAUCCAUGAGUCUUGCACGUUUUUGAAGUACACUGUACUUUUCUAUAUAGCUAAAAGGUGCUAGAGGUCUCAUGCAUAUGCAUUUCAGUUUAUGGUAGUAGCUGAGGGCGAGUUCACAUACAUCCAAAAUGGUACCGGAACAGGAAGCAAAAAUUUGAUCAUUUUUUUCAUUGCCAUGACCAUUUGAAAAGUGCUGUAUAGCUAAAAUCGAUGCCUCGUUUUUAUUCUUGGUCAGUAAUGGAACAUACCUUUCCCAUAGGAAUGGAGAAUUGUAGUCGUAACAAGUUACUCAGAAAUCCACCCCUUUCGUGAUAUUGAAUCACUCAAAUCUCUUGACCUUUCUCCAAGCUCUAUUCUAAGACAUAAAGAGCUCCUUCCGCCGUUGAAAUCCACUUUCUUAGACCACAACGCACAUGUUUCCAAGAAUCCAUUGUUCUUGGAUCUGACAUGUGCCACUAAAUUGAAGGCUGUAGCUCUAGUAAAUUGUUUGCCGUUCUAAUGAAUUGGAGGCCAUUGCUGUCAGAGGGGCCAGAGAUGUGGACACACCCUAACCCUCCUGCAUGGAGUGUAGUAUGUAUGUGGCGGUGGAUCUUGUGGGGUUUACCAAGUAUUGUGCCAAAGGAAGAUGUACUGUGUGUAUGCUGUAACGACAAACUAGAAUCCUGAACCUGGAAACUGGAAACACUCCAUUGACUAGACAAGCUGAGUUUGUACUAGCCCACAAUGCAAACAAAACAACAGACUUGYAGACAAAUCCAGUUAUUUAGAUGAAAAGUCAUUGUGGGGGUGUAAGAAUGGCAACUGUUAAAGUAAGGAAUGGUGAUAUGAUAUUAGCACAAAUUGAAUCUACGUUAGCAGUGGUUACCAAGGACUCCAACUCUCAAAAUGUUAACCCCCGACCACAAUGGGCAUUUGAAGUGCAGUAUGUAUGGUAGAAAAGAUGCCCGCUAUCUGCCGCCCAGUAACUGCCGGCAGCUCGUACACACAACGAGUGCUGCGCUUCUAUUUGAGAGUCUUUUUAGAAAAGCAUUUUUCAACUAAUCAUUGUACGGUCACGCUUGUACAGUGCCGCCGAGUGAGUUAGAGGUGUUGUCUCUGUUUGACAUACGCGGUGGACAGAGUGUACUGGUAUCGGGUCCUCUUCUCCUGUUCUACGGCAUCUAGGCAGUCGCCACGUCAGGUGGUUUCCUGUCAGUGUUUUAUGAAGAGAAGACGACACUGUUUUUGUAAUAGAAGUUUUUAAAAAUUGCGUAAAUAUUGAUCACUUAAUUCAGCACAACGGUUUUCAGAAUUAACUUGGGUAUGGUUUGUAUGUUUCACUUUUGUAUGUUUCAUUUCCUUUUUAAUUUGUUGUGAAUUUUCUGGAUCAAAUAUUCACAUUAAUCAGUACUUGAGAAAUUGUAAAUUAUAUAAUGAUGAGAUUGUUGUAAGUAUGCCAAAUAUACUACCUUUGUGUAUUACUAUUAUUGUAAAUAGUGUGUUUUUAACAAAGUGUAGCUAAUACACAUUUACAGCUUUGAAUGUUGGAACAGCAAAUUAUUGUUAUAAAUGUCAAAAAAUGCUGUUUUAGUGAGUGUAGAAGUCUAUAGUAAUGCAUAUCUACACCUACAGUAACACAUUUACAUGCUCAAUAAACUGCCCUAUGUAAUAAAAACAUUUUGCUCAAGCA